AUGAGGCGUGGUGACGGCCCAGCGAUUACUGGCCCGGGCGAAUGUAAACGCGUUAUGUAUGCUGGUGAGCGGCAGUUCAAACUUGUGCAGAGCUGGAGACUGAAGGAGGGACGCGGCGUUGAGAUCACUACCAAGCUCUUCGACCCCAAGGCUGGCAAGCGCGCAGCUGCUAGAAACAGCGGCACCUCGGAGGCUUGUGAAGAAGAUUUGUCGAAGGUGGCCCGCGAAAAAGCUGACGAGAUCAUGAAGGGCAAGCGAGAGGCAGCUCGGAGAGCGGGCGGCGGCGGCGAGGCAGCUUUCUCCAAAUUUUUCGAGUGGCCAGACUACGUCCACUUCAUGAGGAUCUGGAAAUCGGAGAAGGGCGAGGACAUCAAGGACCCUGGCCGCACUCUGUUCCUCUCGACACGCAAGAAGACCUACCUGUAUCUGAAGGCGCUGCGCGAAGUGGACGUGCAGGGUCGUGCAGCAUGCGACUGUCGGUGGUGCAGCGCCCCGGACGGACAAGCGGCGUGGAAGGGGAUGUGGAAACACCUGGGGAAGUUUUCGGAAGCGCUGGCAUACCCAAAGGUGGACCUACGAGAGGGGGACCCGGAGGAUGAGGUUGGCUUCAUGGCCUGCAGUGCUAUGGAGUGCACGCUCUGUGGGUUUGGGAAGGAAGGGGGCAUCCCGACCAGCAAGGCGCUGGAAACGUCGCAACAGGUUGUCAAAUGUACCCGGUAUGAAGACGUUGAGAGGCCCGGGAAGAAGCCCCUGCAAAACCAACAAGUCGAGAAGGAGGGCAAGCUCUGCGACCUGUGGGCGGACUUCAAGAAGCACAGUAAGCUGUACAUCGCUCAUCAUGCGAAGGCCAAGUGGCAGACAAACUCUCAUGGGCUCUGCUUGAGCACGUUUCAAGACGGCGAUAUCGUGAUCGAGACAGAUUUUAUCGAGAAAUAUUCGCACGUUCCUGGGACCGUCCUCACCUGCGCGGGGCAUCCCCAAACCACGCUCAUGGUGGCAAUUGUACACUGUAGCCCGCAGCUGUGGGAGGGCGGCGGAAGGGUUCACCAGACCGAGACAUGGAUUUUUGCUUCGGAGGACCCUGCACACGACUUCGACUUUCACCGCCACGCGCUAACUCAGAUUGCCGACUACUACUUGGAUGGGCCCGGAAGUGAUGCAACUGCCGCCGCUCGGGAAGCCCAACGGAUCCCCCGCAUGCACAUGUUCACGGACGGGUGCGCCAAGCAGUACAACGGGAGGCGCAACUUCCUUUUUCUGGCUGACAGUGUGCGGCAGCUUGGCUGUAUCGUCGAACACCAUUUUUCGGCCACCUCUCACUUAAAAGGCUGCCACGACGGGAUCGGCGGUGUGGCGAAGAACGCCAUGAGGAUGUCCGAGAAACGUGGCGAUCUCAUCGCAGGGGCGGCUGGUGUGGUGAAAUUCUUGAAAGAGUACUUUGAACACAUCGGGGCUGGGAACAAGGAGCUCGCGGACAACUUCGCCACGUGGUCGCCGUAUUGCAUCUGGCGUGUGCAUGUGAAGAUCAUCGGGCUGGGCGCUGUCUACAGGCCGGAGCAGCAGCUAAAAGGUAUCACAGGUACUCGAGACGCCUACCUCUUUGUAGGGGCCAACGCGGGGCUNAUGAUCCCCACCCCAAAAUUACCCUGA